CCUCCCCCUUUCAACCAAACACUUCUUUGGCUUUUCUGUUGCUCCAUUUAUCACUUCCACUGAACCUUAUUUCACAAUAUAUCUUCACCUUUAUCAAAUCCCAUCUCCUUUUUCAGUUGCUGCUGCUAUUCUUGUCUUUCAUUCAUUUCCACUGCUUCAGUCAUUAAACAAUCUGUCUGUUUUCUCAUAUACAUAGUCUAUUCCAUUAGUUUCUUCCAGUAGCUAGCAUGAGGUAGAUGUAUAUUUCUAAGGGUAAGUUUCACUUUAUGCAUGUAUCGAUGCAUGAAGAGAGAAAGUUGGUUGUUGAAAAGAGUGACCCAGAGACAAGCAUGAUGGUUGGAUUAGUUAUGGAUGGUGAUGGUGUGGGAAGAGCCCCUUGUUCUUAUGGUAAUUCCCAGCACAGGAGAUCAAGAAGUGCCUCAGAGAGACAAAUGGAUUGCCACCACCGACAAGGAGCUGCAGGGCAAGCCUGCUUCAUUAAAGCUUCAAAAAGACAAUGGAUGUCAUUCCUAACAACCACGCUACAUUGGAAAAAGAUAGUUGGAUUUGCGGUUGCAGCAAGAGAGAUCAAUGCGGAUGUUGCUUGAGAGGACAAUUGGAAGAACUUCUAGCACUCUCUCCCCUUGCCAUCGAUAUCUUUAUAUGGAAAAUGAGAUACAGAUUACACCAUGGAGGUUGAUUCAAAGCUAUGCCCAAAGGGGCUAUUAACAUUUAUGGAUUUCAUAAUUUUCAUUUUUAUUUUGUUUUUAGUAAAUUAGAAUUUACCAUUCAAAAUGAACAUAGGCACAAAUA